AAUGAACAGUGUGGCAACAGUUAUAAACGUCUCAAUUUUAGAAAGAAGAAAAUCUUAUUGAAAGAAAAGUGAUUGAGUAAUAAUAAAUAACAAGAAUUAACAAAUCGAAUCAUCAUGUUAAAGAUUAUAACGUUGUGUAUAAUCGUGUGCUUAACAAUCGCCCAGAAAGCUACUUUUAACAACUAUAAAGUCUUCAGAAUUAUUCCUACUACGCAGACGCAAGUCAACGAAUUACGCCAGCUAGAGGAGAUUCUUGAUGGAUUUUCAUUUUGGGAAGCACCUAGUUUUAUAAACAAAAAUGUGGAUCUCAUGGUCGCUCCGCACAAGUUGCCUGAAUUCUACGAAAUGAUGACUCGAAUCGGAAUACCAUAUCAGACUUACAUCGAAAAUGUUCAGACGUUGAUUGAUCAAACGAUACCUGCGAAUCGAUCAAUUUUAUUCGAUUUUAACAGUUAUCAUACUCUUGAAGAAAUUUACAAGAAUCUAGAUGAUUUGGCUAAGCAAUAUCCUGAUAAAGUACAGACUAUCAUAGGCGGUAGAUCGUACGAAGGUCGUCAGAUCAAAGGAGUCAAAGUUUCCUUUAAGGCUAAUAAUCCUGGAAUAUUCAUCGAAGGCGGCAUUCAUGCCAGGGAAUGGAUCUCGCCGGCAACUGUUAUGUAUAUCUUACAUCAAUUGCUAAGUAGCAAUGACCCGGACAUUAGAGACCUGGCAGAAAGCCACGAUUGGUAUAUCUUCCCAUCGUUCAAUCCCGAUGGAUACGCAUACACGCAUACCACGAAUCGAUUAUGGAGAAAGACACGUAAACCAUACGGUCUCUGCGUUGGAGCCGACGCCAAUAGAAAUUGGAAUUACCACUGGGUGUCUGAAGGCCUUACUAGUUUGCCAUGUUCUGAGCUUUAUGCAGGAAGCCAUCCAUUUUCCGAGAUAGAAACGAAAAGUAUGUCCGAGUAUAUCGAGUCCAUUUCGGACAAAUUCUACACAUACAUCUCGUUCCAUAGUUAUUCGCAACUUUUGAUGUAUCCUUAUGGUUACACAAAAGAACAUCUUGACAAUCAUGAGGAUUUGCACGCUAUUGGCUUAAAAUCCGUUGCAGCUCUUAAACACAGAUACGGAACUGAUUAUCGGGUUGGAAAUGUCGCUGAGACGAUUUAUGUAUGCACCGGCAUUACGGUGGAUUAUAUUAAAGGCAUUUAUCGUAAACCUAUUACAUAUACCUACGAGUUACGCGAUCGUGGUCGUUAUGGCUUUUUACUACCUCCUGAUCAAAUUAUCCCAUCUGGAGAAGAAACUAUGGACUCUCUCGUAGCUAUGUUCAAAGAAGCAAAAGCACGCGGAUAUCCCAAAGAAAAUUUGUAAUUAAUAUAUAUUUAAUUUUGACAAGAUAUGAAAUAUUUUUAUGUAAUGUAAUGUAUGACAAUAAAUCAGAGUAUUAAUAAUGACAAGAAA